AUGAAAAGUUUGAGCGAAUUCAUUCACGACAAGCUUGACAUUGAUUCAGAAACAAACGCCCUUCAUCACGAUAUUUUAAAAUAUGGUCAAUAUAAUGGCCUUAAUGAACUUUUAACUACGUGUUUCAUACUGCCAAAUUCAAAGAAAGUCGCACUACCGUCCAUUGCCGGUGACCUAAACCAUAAAUCUGUCAUAGACCAAUGCAUAAUUCAUCUUUUAACGGGGGACUUCUUUAACAACGUGCUGACAUUUGGCUAUAGAAUAGCUAGAAACGAAAAUGUCGAUAACAGUCUUUUUUGUCAUUCUACAAAUGUUAGCGCCACUUUGUUGAAAAGCAGCACUUGGAAAUUAUUCCAUAGUUUGAUCGGUACCCAUGCGUUUGUUGAUUUGUUAAUCAAUUAUACAGUGAUUCAGUUUAAUGGUAAAUUUUUCACGCAAAUUGUGGGUAAUAGGUGCAAUGAACCUCAUUUGCCGCCUAAAUGGGCUAAAAAAUUGUCAUCACCAUUGGAUACCACUCUGCAGAUUAAGCAACUAAUGGCACCAAUAACGAACAAAUCAUUUCUGCAUAGGCUCAAAAUAAACUCUCCUAAUAUCUUUCCUUAUGGCAGAAUCCUUCCAUCGUCAUCAACCAUUAAUAAAUUAACCGAGUUAAGAGAUGCUGUCUUCCCUCCAAAUUUGGUUAAAAUUCCUCUGAGUGUAAAAAUACGAAUCGAUAUAACUUUACAAAAGCUAUUAAAUAGACAUAAACGUUUGAAUUAUGUUUCUGUUUUGAAUAACAUUUGCCCGCAGCUGAAGGAAAAUGCAUCGGAAUUACCUCAUCUAAAUUUCCAAUUACCGCAAGGCCAAGUUCUGAAAUUCUUAAUCGUUAUUCUACAAAAGCUACUACCUCAAGAAAUGUUUGGUUCAAAGCGGAACAAAAGUAAAAUUAUUCAAAAUCUACACUCUUUAUUAGGUCUGCCUUUAAAUGGUCAGUUACCAUUUGGUGAUUUGUUGAAAAAAAUAAGGCUAAAGGAUUUUCAAUGGUUGAUGGUUUCUGGUGUUUCAUUCACUAAGCAAAACUUUGAAAAUUCUAAUCUGUUGAUGAUUUUUUUUGUUUCUUGGCUCUUUAGGCACUUGAUUCCCAAAAUCAUUCAGACCUUCUUUUAUUGCACUGAGAUAUCUUCCACCGUGAAAAUCAUUUUCUUUAGACAUGAUAUGUGGAAUAUACUUGUAACUCCAUUCCUUGCAGAGUACUCUCAAAAAUACCUUACUGAAAAUACUGUGUGCAGAAACCACAACAGUUACACUCUGUCUAAUUUUAACCACAGCAGGAUGAGAAUCAUACCAAAAAAAAGUAACAAUGAGUUCCGGAUUAUCGCGAUUCCAUGUAGAGGUGCAGAUGAAGAAGAAUUCGCGAUUUACAAGGAAAAUCAUAAAAAGACUGUAGCUCCUACUCAAAAAAUACUCGAGUACUUAAGAAAAAAGAGGCCAACUAGCUUCACUAAAAUUUAUUCGCCAACCCAAAUCUCAGAUCAUGUAGAAAAAUUUAAGCAAGUUCUCCUGAAGAAAUUUGAUAAUGUCUUACCAGCAUUGUAUUUUAUGAAAUUUGAUGUCAAGUCAUGUUAUGAUUCCAUACCAAGAACGAAAUCUAUGAAUAUAAUAAAGAGAGCUUUGAAAGAUGAAAAUGGAUUUUUUGUGAGAUCACAAUCUUUUUUUAAUACUAACACGGGUGUACUAAGGCUAGUAGAUGUGGUCAAUGCUAGUAGAACACCAAAACCUCACGAACUGUAUAUAGAUAAUGUGAGAACAGUUCAUUUAUCUAACCAGGAUGUUAUAAACGUUAUAGAGAUGGAAAUGUUUAAGACGUCUUUGUGGAUCCAAGAUAAAUGUUACUUAAGAGAAGAUGGGCUCUUUCAAGGCUCAAGUUUAUCCGCACAAAUAGUAGACUUGGUGUAUGAUGAUCUUUUGGAGUCCUACGAUGAGUUCAAAGCCAGUCCCAACCAGAACACAUUGGUCUUAAGAAUAGCCGACGAUUUCCUCAUAAUAUCAACUGAUCAACAGCAGAUUAUAAAUAUCAAAAAUCUUGCAAUGCGCGGGUUUGAAAAUUAUAAUGCUAAAGCCAAUGAAGACAAAAUUAUAACUGUGAGCUCCCAAUCAAAUAAUGAUAUUAUUAUCCAGUUUUGUGCCAUGCAUAUAUUCAUUAAAGAAUUGGAAAUCUGGAAACACUCGAGUACGAUGAAUGUAUUCAACGUUCGUUCGAACUCUAGCAAAAAAAUAUUUCGAAGACUAAUAUCGUUAUUUAACACAAGAGUUUCCUAUAAAACCAUAAAUUAUAACUUGAACUCAACCGCUACUGUCCUCAUGCAAAUUUACUAUAUCGUAAAAAACAUUUCGGAAGGCUACAAAUCUGCCUUUAAGGACCUGCCUAUUAACGACACGCAAAAUGUACAAUUCUCUUCAUUCUUGUCGUGCAUAAUUGAAAUGACAUUGGACAUCUGCCCAGCUACGAAAUAUGAUCUUUUUACUGAGUAUGAGGUGCGAUACACUAUAUUGAGCGGGUUCCUGGAAAACCUUUUUUCGAACACAUCAAAAUUCAAAAAUAAUAUUGAUUAUUUGAAAGGGGAGAUUCAAUCUCUGCAAGUGUGUAUAUAG